UGUUUCAUUAAUUCACUCCCUCAUUCAUUCGUCAUGCUGCUCAUUCAUUCACCCAUUCAUUCCCUCAUUAAGUUGCUAAUUCAGGUAAUGAAUUCACUCGUUCAUCAAGUCGUUCGUUCAUUCUCUUCUUCAUUCAUCCUCAGCGCCGACUCCCCCACCCCCGGCCCGCAUGGAGCGGCACUUUGAAGACCCCUCAGCAGGACCCCCCUGGGAGGGGGACCCGUGGGGUGGGGCCCCUGAGGGGAUCUGGGGGACCCCUGGGCACGAGGAGGACAUCGAGGAUGAGGCGGUGGUCCUCAGCGCACACCUGGAGAGAAUCAACUCCCGAUUCUCAGAGCUCCAGGAGGGGGUGCGAGCGGCGGCGCUGGCGACUCGGCGAGCGGAGGAAGCUCGGGACAGCGCCCGCUCCUCGCUCGCAGCGAGCAAGGAGCGGGCGCUCGGAGCGGUGGCGCAGCGGUGGGGAGAGCUCGGGGAGAGGAUCGAGGAGGAGCACGCCCGGGUCCAGCGGGCCCUGCAGGAGGAGAUGUCGCGUCUGUCCCUCGCCCUGGAGUCCCUGCAAGUGAGCUCCGUUCCUGCCCCUCGCCACAGAGCCGGGAUCCCCGCGGAGCCGAAGACCCCCCCAGCGGGGUCCCAGGGGCCCCAGGGGUCCCAGGGGUCCCAGGGGUCCCGGCUCCACGCCGAGACCCUGGACUGGAGCCACCUGGACUUGGGCCCCCUCCUCGAAGCGAUCGCCACGUUUGGGCCCCACUCGGAGGAGGAGAGGGGCCGUCCCGCGAGGAGGGGGCCGCUGGGGCUCCCCGUGAAGACCCCCAGAGCGCCCCCAGAGGGGACCCCCCGCAUCGGAGCCCCUCCCCGAGGAAGGCCGGGGCCCUCCCCGUCCCACUCGACCCCCAAGGCCACCGCGUCACCGAGGGGGGCCCGCAGCCUCCCCAGGAGCGGGGCUAGGGACCCCUCUCCGUGCACCCUGGGGCCCAAGUCCCCUCGGCCGAGGGCCGCGACCCCAGCGGGCCGAGUCCGGGUCGCGGGGGCGACUCAGCACGCGGGGGCGAGGAGUGAUCGAGACGACCACCACCAGCAGCACCACCACCACCAACACCAGCAGCACCAGCACCACCAGCAGCGGGAGAAGGAGGAGGAGGAGGAGGAGGCAGAUGAGGAUGGACUCCUCUUCCAGUUUGGCAGCCAGGGUCGAGGCAUGGGAGAGUUCAUGAACUUGCAGGGGGUCGCUCUGACACCAUCCGGCCGGAUCGUCACGGCCGACAGCGGCAAGCACGCCGUGCAGGUCUUCCUCAGCACCGGCGAGUUCCUCACCCAGUUCGGGGUCCGGGGCCGCGACCCGGGCCAGAUGGUUCACCCCUCGGGGGUGGCGGUGCGAGCCAACGGCGACCUCCUCGUCACCGACCCAGAGACGAGGUCCCUCAACGUCUACGCACCCGACGGACGUCACCGGUCGCAGCUCGGCGUGGGCCUGCUGCAGGCCCCCCGCGGAGUGUGCACCACCGACUCGGGCCUGGCCCUGGUGGCCGACAACAAAGCCUGCGCCGUGGUGGCACUGACGGCCGCCGGGAGGGUCCACGCCAAGUUCGGGGGUCGCGCCGCCGACCUGGGCCGCCUCCGGGGGCCGAACUACGUGGCGCUCAACAGCAAGGGUGACGUCAUCGUUUCAGACUUCCUCGACCAUUCCGUGAAGGUGUUCUCUGGGGGGGAGUUUCUGUUCCAGUUUGGGGGCUUCGGGAGCGCGGAGGGGCAGCUGCACGGGCCCACGGGCGUGGCCGUCGACCCGGCAGACAACAUCCUCGUGGCCGAUUGGGGCAACGCCCGCAUACAGGUGUUUAACUGCGUGGGGGCCUUCAAGGGGGUGCUGGCCCCCUCUGUGCACCCCCUCAGCUGCCCCCAGGGCCUGGCGCUCAGCCCUGAGGGCACGAGGCUCGUGGUGGCCGACACGGGCAACCACUGCUGUAAGGUCUACAGCUACCACCAGCACUGAGGGCUUACGCACCACCGCCCACCACCACCACCACCACGGAGUGCUCGCCACCACUCACCACCGCGCGCGAUAACCUCGCUAGAACGCCCUUGCUGUCCGCCACUCAGCAAUGAAGAAGACAUUAGUACAAAAAAAAAUUGCCACUGGGAUGGUGACGUCACUGCGCUGUGACGUCACUGCGCUGUGACGUCACGGCCAUCAGUCACUCCUGGAGCACUGCUGAUCGCCGACCGUGCGAGCGAACGCGACUCAGGCAGCGCUGACUGCUCAUCGCGUCACGUGGGACGUGUUUGACAAUCAUCGGGCGCGUGCGGCGUGCAACGAGUUCGUUUUGCAUGGGGAGGAGUAAACUGGUGAAGGCGGUGGUGGGUGCGGCGGACGGACCCGGAGUUUGGGGAAACCUCGCCACAGCCGCUCGCGAUGAGUUACAAAUACGAAUUGUUGUCGUAUUAGUCAUAAUAAAGUGUUUUGGGUGAGAUCGCGUUAUUUACAAAUGUGUCGC